AUGAUAUAAUAAUGAUGGAGGAGUUUAAUUGAAGCUAAGAAUCAAGAAUAAAAAUGAUUAUAAGUAAACAAAGAAUGUUCAAUUAAGCUGUAGAUCAAUGAUUAGACUCAUCACCAACUUUGAGCUUGCUUCCUUCUUAUUACAUUGAUGGGACUGGAAACCCUUUUACAUGCUUUUACAGCUACUGAAAUUGAAACGAAUGAAUGAACAAUGGCUUCGUCUCCUUCUUUUUUUUUUGGGGGUUCUGUAACAAACAGAGUAGAAAAUGACAUAAAAGAGAAAAAGACAUGGAGGCAAACUCUCACGUCACAACAAAACACACACACACACACACUGACACACAUACACAAAUUCUAACAGGCAACUACCCCAAUCCCACCGUCAUUAUUACUAUAUUACUUCUCCCUCUGCAGUCUGCUCUGCAAAUUUGAUCCCUUAUUCUUAUCUUUUGAUUUUCCCUUUAGUUUUUGCCUUAUUUGUGUUGGGCAUUUGGGAGUACUAAAUAAAUUCAUUCUAAUUCUAUUGUUGUUAGUUGCGAAAAAGCCUCUAUUUUUUUUUUUCUUUCGCUUUCUCUUUUUCAUAUUAAUAGAAAUUUCCUCUCUGAAAAACUUCCCUCUUGAUUUGAUCAAAUUUCUGUCCUUCAAAAUUCCCAAUUGUUUGUGUGCUAUAUGUGAUUGAUUCUUUGAAAAUUUUCAUUGUUGGGUUUUUUUCUGUAACCCGCCGCCUAAAAGAAAUUUUAGACGGCAAGAACAAUGAAACAAUUGGGUUACAACCACCAACUGAGCAAGAAGAAUCCUUUUUCAUCUUUGCUUGUCAAGUUUGCGGUUUGUUUUGUAUUAUUCGGAAUCGCAUACCGCUUGUUUUCCACCAGCUUUGUACAGUUUCCAGCAAUUCCUUCCUUUGUUGAGGUCACUCAAUCAUCAUCAUCACCAUCACCACCACCACCAACAACAACAUCAGCUACAUUUGAAGAUGAGGAUAAUGCUGGUGGGCCUCACGUAACAUUGCCGCCGCCAUCACCACCACCGCCACCACCUCCGGUGUCGGCCGAUGUGGAGAGUGGGGAUUUUGAAGAAACUGAUUUGUGAAGCUUCUCGAGAGGAUUUCAGUUUGAGACUAAUAGCGAGUUGAAUGAUGUUUCUUGCAUCAGGAACAUGUGAUUUAUUUGUGGGAGAUUGGAUUCCAGACGCUAGUGGUCCUUAUUAUACCAACCGGACUUGCUUUUCGAUUGAAGCUCACCAAAAUUGUAUGAGGAAUGGGCGGCCCGAUGCAGAUUAUAUUUAUUGGAGGUGGAAACCAAGACACUGCGAUUUACCUAGGUUUAAUGCAAAGAUCUUUUUGAACGUCAUGAGGAACAAAUCAUUAGCCUUUAUUGGCGACUCGAUAAUGCGUAACCAUGGCCAAUCAUUGCUAUGCAGUCUUUCUGAGGUGGAAGAAGCCGUUGACGUGUACCACGACAAGCCGUACAAGAACAGGAGAUGGACAUAUCCUAGCCAUAAUUUCACGCUCUCAGUUCUUUGGUCUCCUUUCUUAUCCAAAGCGUCCAUUUUUGAAGACGACAAUGGGGUGACGUCAGGCUUAACUCAGCUUCAUCUAGACGAGUUAGACACCGUUUGGACACGAGAGUUCAAUAAUUUCGACUACAUAUUGACUGCUGGGGGAAAGUGGUUCCUGAAAAGCGCAAUAUACUACGAGAACAACACUGUUGUGGGCUGCCACAACUGCAAUGGACAGAACAACAUCACGGAAAUAGGGUUUGAGUACGCGUACAAAAAGGUGAUCAACUCUACACUUAAGUUCAUCACUACCUCAAAACAUAAGGCUUACACAUUCUUUAGGACAACCACGCCCGAUCACUUUGAGAAUGGUGCGUGGGACAGUGGUGGUUAUUGUAACCGGACAAAACCCUUUAAAGAAGGUGAGGUAAAUAUUAGUUCUGUUGACGAAGUUAUGCGAAAAAUCGAAUUGGAGGAAUUUGAGGCAGCAUCAUCCACAGGUAGAGCUCCAUUAAGACUGUUUGACACCACCAUUCUCUCCUUGUUGAGGCCAGACGGGCAUCCUGGAGUGUAUAGGCAAUUCCAGCCAUUUGCUGGUAAGAAGAAAGACGAGAUUAACGUUGCACAAGUUCAAAAUGAUUGUCUGCAUUGGUGCUUGCCAGGACCUAUCGAUUCUUGGAAUGAUUUGAUGUUGAAAAUGUUGCUCAGCAGUUAACAAUAUUUCAUAUGAUAAAUGAAUGAUGAUCAUUGUUUGAGGAAAAAGAGAGAAAUAGUGUUUUUUUUUUUUGGGGGGCGGAGGGGGG